UCGUACAAAGUUUGAGCGCUGAAGAAUGGAUGGACGGUCUCACGCCCCGAAUGCUAACUUUGGGAAAUCAGAAAGCUAGUCUUGUUUGGUAAACGUUAUCUGGAAGAUAGGAAAGGUCUGUGAAGCUCUCAGAAAAAGAAGAUAACGACACAACAUUAAUGAAUAGGAGGUGGUAGCUUAAACUGAUCGUUUUUAUCUAAUUGAAAACUAUGGCUGGCGUGGUGCGCACCCUCAGCCGGUGUUUGCUCCCUGCCGAAGCCAGCCAUGAGAGGAGUAACAGCAAAGAUCGAGUCCAAGAUCGAGACGUGAACCAUGAACGAGAGGCAAAACGAAGGAGUCGUGAAAUCGAUGCUAUGCUUGCACGCGAGAGACGGUCAAUCCGUCGUUUAGUAAAGAUACUGUUGCUUGGAGCCGGAGAAAGCGGCAAGUCAACUUUUCUGAAACAAAUGAGGAUUAUCCACGGUAAGGAGUUCGACCAGAAAGCACUACUGGAUUUUAGGGAUACCAUCUUUGAGAAUAUAAUCAAGGGCAUGCGAGUUCUGGUGGAUGCCCGGGACAAGCUGGGAGUUCCCUGGCAGAACUCGGAGAACGAGAAGCAUGGCAUGUUUGUGAUGUCAUUCGAGAACAAGGCGGGCUCACCGGUGGAGCCCUGCACCUUCCAGCUAUACGUGCCCGCCUUGCAGGCACUGUGGGGCGACUCAGGCAUUCAGCAGGCAUAUGGGCGUAGGAGCGAGUUCCAACUGAGUGAAUCAGUGAAGUAUUUCCUGGACAACUUGGAUCGGAUUGGGCAACUGAAUUAUGUCCCAAGCCGUCAAGACAUCCUCCUGGCCAGGAAGGCUACCAAAGGCAUCGUGGAACAUGACUUCAUCAUCAAGAAGAUCCCCUUCAAGAUGGUGGACGUGGGCGGGCAGCGCUCACAGAGGCAGAAGUGGUUCCAGUGCUUUGACAGCAUCACCUCCAUCCUCUUCAUGGUCUCCUCCAGUGAGUACGACCAGGUUCUGAUGGAGGACCGCCGCACCAACCGCCUGGUGGAGUCCAUGAACGUCUUUGAGACCAUCGUCAACAACAAGCUCUUCUCCAACGUUUCCAUCAUCCUGUUCCUCAACAAGAUGGACCUGCUGGUGGAGAAGGUGGCCAAGGUCAGCAUAAGCAAGUACUUCCCCGACUUCCGUGGUGACCCGCGCCGCCUGGAGGAUGUGAAGACCUAUCUGGUGCAGUGCUUCAACCGCAAGCGGCGGAACCGCAGCAAGCCCCUUUUCCACCACUUCACCACAGCCAUCGACACAGAGAAUAUUCGCUUUGUCUUCCAUGCCGUCAAAGACACCAUCCUCCAGGAGAACCUCAAGGACAUCAUGCUGCAGUGACUAUGGUGCUACCUUGCCAGCCUUGACAGACAGAAACUUUGCCACUGAAAUUGUACCCCUCUGAAUGGAAACUGAUGCCAUCUGGACAUCAUUUUACCCACUUUGAGAUGGAUAGAUGUAUUUGUAUUAAAAAAGUAAUGAUGGCUGUAUUAAGCAUUAUUACAGCUUUUUGUAACAUGGACUCGAUCAGCUGUUUGGAAAAGAGACUGCUCUGAGCACUCUUAGCCCAUUGUAAUGACUUGUAGCACUAUGUAAAGAAUGAUCAAACUGAGGAUUGACACUGUGAAACUGUGUGCUUAGUGAAACUGAAGUUAGGACAGUAAAACAUGAAUAUGGAAAUAUUUAAAAAACACCACUGAGCCCAUCAGUGAACUUUGUAUAUGUGUGUCUAUGAGGAGCAGGAAGGAAACUAUAAUUUCAUAUAGUUUCAUCUUUUCAGGUCCUCUCAGAGUUUACUCAUUGUAUUUAAAGACAACUUUAGUCACGUUAAAGUGAAAUGAGUCACUGACUUCCUGACUUAGAACAAUGUGUUAUCUGAGUGUCUUCCUCUGAAAAACAUAACCCAAAUCCUUAUUAAAUAUCUAACAGUGGACUACAUCGGUGUAUAAAAUUGUCCAAAAAAGCAUCCCUGGGAAGGUUUGAGCAUUGUUUUUUAAUUGAAGAAUCUCAGAGCACCCCAACACGUUUGGUUCUAAAUAGUUCUUUUAAAAUUGCAUA